CACACACACACACACACACACACACCGGCUGCUGCUCUCUUUAAAUCCACCUGUUCACGCGUCUUCCUGCGCUCUCUGCUCGCUGCUGCUGAUAGGUUUGUCAAGGAGAGAAAAAGCAGCGUUUAUCCACGCCUUGUGCAUCACUUGGUGAGGGGCUUCACUCAGAAUGAUCACCACCACCACCACCACAUCUACAGCUCAGACACAACAGCGCUCCUCCUGCCGCUGCUGAAUGGAUUACUUCAAAAUGCCCCUCUCCUGGAUGCUUUUGCGCAAAACCUCCUCCUGAUCUUUUCCCGCUCAUCUCUGAAAAAACCACUUGUGCUUAUUCGUCUGCUCAAAUCAACGCGGUGGACACCAUGACCAGUGCACUGAUUUGAGACCAUCAGCUUCGUCUUCAGAGUCACUGUAUCGCCGCUGCUGAGGGUGGACGCACAGGUUUGAUCAUCUGGAGCAGUGGGUUUUUCUGCAACAAUUUGUUGCAAAAAAAAAUAGUGAAGGGGCGAAGUCAUGGUGCCGGUACCGCAUCGGCUUGUCAUGGCACCGUGAGAACUUUCUUCCCUGACUUCCCCCCUUCCCCCUCUUUUUUUCUUUUUGAUGUUUUUCUGCGGGAUCGUAUUUUUUUGGGAGAUCACCAGCUUUCCCCUUUCAACUAUGUUCACGUUCGCUGCCUUCUGCUACAUGCUGUCCCUGGUCCUCUGCGUGUCCCUGAUCUUCUUUGCAAUAUGGCACAUAACAGCGUUUGAUGAGCUCCAGGCGGACUUCAAGGUGCCGAUCGAUCAGGGUAAUCCACUCCAUGCGAGGGAGAGACUGCGGAAUAUCGAGAGGAUCUGCAACCUGCUGAGGAAGUUGGUGCUACCAGAGUACUCAAUCCAUGGACUCUUCUGCAUCAUGUUCCUGUGUGCCCAGGAGUGGCUGACCGUGGGCCUCAACAUCCCCCUGCUCUUCUACAACACAUGGAGGUACUUUCACUCCCCAACGGACACUAAGGAGCUGCUCUACGACCCGGCGUCCGUGAUGAACGGCGAGACGCUCAAGUUCUGCCUGAAGGAGGCCUGGUGCAAGCUGUCCUUCUUCGUCCUCUCCUUCUUCUACUAUCUCUACUGUGUUUGGAACCUGGAUAUAUCCCUCUAAUAGGUCUUAUCAAUGGGAACACUUAAAGUAUGGUCUACUCCUUGGUUACCUCAGAACAAUGAUACAUCUCAGCAACUGGAGACAAACAUACACACAGGAUUUAACAGACUGCCAUCAUCGUGCUCUCUGAUCCAGAGACAGGAAGCUGAAAAGGAAAGAAGAGAAAUACAAACUUUUUCUUUUUUUGUUUUGUUUUGCUGUGACGCCAAACGAUGAACUGGAGGAUGGGGGAGGAGGAGAGAGAGAGAGGGGGUUCAAAUCUGCCUUUUUUGCUUUCUCCCUCUCAACACUGACGGACGUAUUUAAAGCUCAACUGUACAUAAACGUGAACACUUAAAACUCCUGUUUACAGUUCGACUGGUCAAAGAGCGACCUGAGUUAAUCACUGCCUGGCCAAUGUUUGUACCACACACACACACACACACACACACACACACACACACACACACACAGCCUCCUCUUGAGGUGGUAUACCGUACCGACCGGACGGUUCUAGCACCUGUAGCUCGGAGGACGGAGAGCACAGUAGCGAUUGCACAGUUUGUCUCAGGCACAGCAUGGUGAAGCACCAACCCUCAGUCAUUCCUCCUCUUAACGCCUCACCAGACGUAGCGUCACCUGGUGAGCCACAAACGAGGGACAGGAUGGACAAAAAAAAAAAAAAAGGAAGGACGGAUCACACUGUACAGACAAGUGAGCACUCUGAGGGGGAACACCAGAGCGGCCCGUCACCCUCAUGUUCUCCAGCCGACUGAAACUCACCUAUAACUGAUUUAUGAUCCACAUCAAAAGGUACUCUGCCUCCUCAGUGUCGUCCAAUAGUGUCGUUCUGUUGUGGGAAUCUGAAGCACCAGUCCGAGCUUUUCACCGUAGAGGAGCACACAUUAUUUGCACAAUUAGCGUUUUCUGAUCUUGCACAAUAUUUGCAAUAUUUGGGCGAUGUAUAUUAGAGGUCAUUUACGAUAGUUUAGCCACACAGGUGAAGGUCUUCCAACACGUUGAAAAACUCUAGUCCUGUUCCAAUACAUGGAGGCAAUGUGAACCUUUUGUAGCUUGAAUUCACACCAUGCUCCAAAAAUGUCGUCUCUUCACUCUUCAGACUGAUUCUUUCUAUGUCCAUUUGUGAGAUUCUGACGGCUUGCCUCCAUGUUUUUUUUUAGUAUUGAACAUGAUUAUAUUUUGUAACCACGCGUGAGAGUAAAAUCAGACGAUAGAGGUGCCUCCAAUCAACCUGUCUUUAUCUUUGAUUUGAAUACAAGCAAGUGUAGCAGAUGAAAACUGUAAUAUAUGAAAAAAAGAAUAUGACGCCCAGAGAGAGAGAGAGAGUGAUUUCCCUCCACACACAGGUCAGAGGUCAGGCUGCAGAGUGAUAAAGACGGCUGCGUUAGCUCCAUGUUGUUUGCUCACAGAAAACGUGUGCAGGGCAGAUGUUCUGAACCUGCAGCUUCCAUGUGUAGCACAGUUUGCUAACCAUCCCCAUCACUCUUUAAAUCCACGCCAUCGUCUCCACACGAUGAGCUCACUUUCUACGUCGCCACUCGAGGAGCAGAUGGGAGGACUGCCCGCUUAUUGUUGUUUUCUCUUAUUCAAGCAUUUUCUAUCCUUACUGUGUAUGUGACCAAACAAGUUGAAUUAACAUAUUGUUUAUGAAAUAAAAUAUUUUAAAAUCAA